GUGGGCUCUGCCCGCGUGGUCCCCGGCUGCUCCCCACGACUUUGCCCCCUCCUUCUCGCCUCUGGGCUCGGCGGUGGCGCGCCCUGCAUCCCCACGCAUUCGCGGCCGUGAACCUGAGGUCACCCCGGCCUACGGCUCCCGGAGGCCAAGCAACCCGGAGUCCUGGCUGACCCGCUGCUGGCCAGCGCCCAGGAGCCAGCUCCAAGGGGCCUUUCCCGCGAACGCACGCUCCUGGGUGCUCAGCAGUUCUGUUUUCAGCUCACAGCCAGCCCGCUGCCAAGCGAACCUGUCAGCGUCCCGCUUGGGCCGCUAGAAAGUACCAGUCAGGGAAGCGCUUUUUUUGCGGGGGUGGGAUGGGGGCUCAUUCUCAAGUUAUCCACCUCUCACCACCCCUCGGGCCCCAGGUUGGCGCUGAACCCUAAGGCGGUUGAGUGCUAAAGAUUUUAUCCGGUGGUAAAGCUGGCUCCUCCUCACCCACCCACUUUCCGUGCCUUUUGGCCAAGAGGCUUCGUGACGGAGUGAUCAGAGAUAUUGAGAGGCAAAAUCGGAAAAAAGAAAACAUUCGUCUUUUGGGAGAACAGAUUAUUUUGACUGAACAACUUGAAGCAGAAAGAGAGAAGAUGUUAUUGGAAAAAGGAUCUCAAAAAACAUGACUUCAAAGGAAUGUGAAAUAGCACUGAAACCGUGUGUGUUAUGUAUGUGUGUUGAUAGAGAUAUAGCUUAGUGAGAUCUUCACCCUUCUUGUGACAGUCCUUUUAAAUUUGGUAAAGGACAGUAGAUCCUAUACUCUAAAUGACUUUAAGAAUCCCCUAUGUUUGAGCAAAGAAGUUGUGGGCAGACACUCUGAAGAGUUUCUACCUGUGUGAUUCUGAUAGAAGCCUCUUUAAGUUCAGCAUCCAGAGUUAGAACUGUUACUGAAGAGCACUUCUGAACUUGUGAAAAGGGAGGGAUGGAUAGUAACAUCCACCUCAGUAGUUUGAUAAGUCGACACGAUGAUGAAGCCACAAGAACAUCUACCUCAGAAGGGCUGGAAGAGGGUGAAGUGGAGGGAGAGACUCUCUUGAUUGUUGAAUCUGAGGAUCAGGCAUCUGUGGACUUAUCUCAUGACCAGAGUGGGGAUUCCCUCAACAGUGAUGAAGGAGAUGUGUCGUGGAUGGAGGAGCAGCUGUCCUACUUCUGUGACAAGUGCCAAAAAUGGAUACCGGCCAGUCAGCUGAGGGAACAGCUCAGUUAUCUUAAGGGUGAUAAUUUUUUUAGGUUUACUUGUUCUGAUUGCUCGGCGGAUGGCAAGGAGCAGUAUGAGAGGCUGAAGCUGACAUGGCAACAAGUUGUCAUGUUGGCAAUGUACAACUUGUCUCUGGAAGGAAGUGGACGGCAAGGUUAUUUCAGGUGGAAAGAAGAUAUUUGCUCUUUUAUUGAGAAACAUUGGACUUUUUUACUAGGGAAUAGGAAAAAGACUUCAACAUGGUGGAGCACAGUAGCAGGUUGCCUCAGUGUGGGAAGUCCUAUGUACUUUCGUUCAGGUGCUCAGGAAUUUGGAGAGCCUGGAUGGUGGAAACUUGUUCAUAACAAGCCCCCAACAAUGAAACCUGAAGGAGAGAAGUUGUCUGCAUCCACUUUGAAAGUAAAAGCAGCCUCAAAACCAGCAUUGGAUCCCAUCAUUACUGUCGAGGGACUUAGAAAACGGGUGAGCCGGAAUCCUGUGGAAUCUGCCAUGGAACUAAAAGAGAAAAGGUCUCGAACUCAGGAAGCCAAAGACAUUAGAAGAGCCCAGAAGGAAGCAGCUGGCUUUCUGGACAGAAGCACAUCUUCUACUCCUGUGAAAUUCAUAAACCGAGGCCGCAGGCCAGACGUGAUUCUUGAGAAAGGAGAAGUAAUUGAUUUCUCAUCCUUGAGCUCUUCUGACCGCACCCCUCUAACAAGCCCAUCUCCUUCUCCCUCUCUGGAUUUCUCUGCCCCGGGGACGCCUGCCUCUCAUUCUGCCACUCCUAGCUUGCUUUCAGAAGCUGAUCUGAUUCCAGAUGUGAUGCCACCGCAAGCCCUGUUUCAUGAUGAUGAUGAACUGGAAGGCGAUGGCGUCAUAGACCCAGGGAUGGAGUAUGUUCCACCCCCAUCUGGGUCAGCAGCUUCUGGGCCAGUGAUUGGAGGCAGAAAGAAGGUCAGAGCACCUGAACAGAUAAAGCAGGAGGUAGAGAGUGAGGAGGAAAAGCCUGACAGGAUGGAUGUUGACAGUGAAGACACAGAUUCAAACACAUCUUUGCAAACAAGGGCUCGAGAAAAGAGGAAGCCUCCACUGGAGAAAGACACAAAACCUAAAGGGCCCAAGUACACUCCUGUGAGCAUCUAUGAGGAAAAACUUCUGCUUAAGAGGCUGGAAGCCUGUCCCAGUGCAGUUGCUAUGACACCAGAAGCUCGGAGACUGAAGCGGAAAUUGAUUGUCAGACAAGCAAAAAGGGAUAGGGGAUUACCACUUUUUGACUUGGAUCAAGUUGUUAAUGCUGCUCUUCUGUUAGUUGAUGGGAUUUAUGGAGCCAAAGAAGGAGGAGUUUCCAGGCUUCCAGCCGGACAAGCCACAUAUCGGACUACCUGUCAGGACUUCAGGAUUCUUGACCGAUACCAGACUGCCUUGCCAUCCAGGAAAGGAUUUCGGCAUCAGACCACCAAGUUUUUGUAUCGUUUGGUGGGAUCAGAAGAUAUGGCUGUGGACCAAAGUAUUGUCAGCCCUUAUACUUCUCGAAUUUUGAAACCCUAUAUCAGGCGUGAUUAUGAGACAAAGCCACCCAAACUACAGCUUCUGUCACAGAUUCGUUCCCACCUGCACAAGAGUGACCCUCAUUGGAUACCUGAACCCGACGCGCCUCUCGAUUACUGCUAUGUCCGACCAAAUCACAUCCCAACGAUCAACUCUAUGUGUCAGGAGUUUUUCUGGCCUGGCAUUGACCUGUCUGAGUGCCUGCAGUAUCCAGACUUCAGUGUAGUCGUCCUUUAUAAAAAAGUCAUUAUUGCUUUUGGCUUCAUGGUUCCUGAUGUGAAAUAUAAUGAAGCAUAUAUUUCAUUUCUGUUUGUCCAUCCUGAAUGGAGAAGAGCGGGGAUUGCAACUUUCAUGAUCUAUCAUCUGAUUCAGACCUGCAUGGGCAAGGAUGUAACCCUUCACGUCUCAGCAAGCAACCCCGCUAUGCUGCUCUACCAGAAGUUUGGAUUCAAGACUGAAGAGUAUGUUUUAGAUUUUUAUGAUAAAUAUUACCCGUUGGAGAGUACAGAGUGUAAACAUGCGUUCUUUCUGAGGCUCCGGCGUUGAUGUGAACCAGCUCUUCCCAGAGAAAUGUGUGGGCUAUCAGGGAACAGGUAUUCACAGAGUCCUGCAGGCAGUUAUUGGUUUCAUAGUGAGCUCAGAUCUCCUCUGCCAUUAGAUGGAUGGUUCUCCACACCUCAACUGGGGAGAACCAAGCAGCAGGCAAUGAAGUGAGUGCUGAGCAGCCCUUCAGCAUAGUCACCCUCCAGUCUUUCAUGGAGCGACCUUCAACUGACAUCUUGGAUUCCACCAUUCACUAAAACUGAAUGCUGCUGCUGUCCCUCCCUCCACCUGACAGCUUGUGAGAAUAAAAGAACUUCUAGAUUGAUAUUCUUAGUGAGAGAGAAUCUGUGUGUCCUUAUUGAGAGGACAGGAAACCCAAGAAAGCACUGUGUCCUAGGAUGAGAAAUUAUAGGAUGAUUAUAAAAAGGGGAUCCCACCCUAUUCCCAGCCAGUGAUGUGCUGAUAUUAGAUCCAGGAGGACUUCUAGGGCAUUGAAGUUCUUGUCUUUUGCUGACUUUUGUCACUGCCAGGAAAAAUAAACUAAAUGUCUGUGUCUACAUGUUGCCUUA